GAUUCCCCCUCUCCCUCCCAUCGGUUUCCCCUCUGUCCUUAACAUUCGUUCGCACCGACUUCAGACGCUCUUUCUUGACGAUCGACCCCCAUACACUGUACUGGCUACAUAUAACGCAUCAGUCUAAUCAUUAAUAACCGACCAACUCGAUAUACGAUCCAUCCGCACACAUCCAGCAUCAUGCGUACCUCGACCAUCUCCCUCGUCGCAGCCGCGCUCAUGGCCCACAGUGCCUUCGCCAAGGUCUCCUUCAACAGCACUGCGUCCGACUACAAGUUCGACGGCGUGAUCCCGAGCGGAGUCCUGAGCAAGGAGUGCGGAGCCGUCUACGCCAAGGAGCUCUCCUGCCCCGAGCUCCUCUUCGAGCUCCGGGACCAGAGCACCGGCCCCACCCUCUUCAAGAAGACCGUUCUCGAAGAGUUCUGCACCAGCGACUGCAUCGACUCCCUGAACUCCUGGGACAAGGAGCUCAACAAGACCUGCACAGACAAGGACAAGGCCGCCGUGGCCAAGCUCUCCUCCGGCGGCGAGUACCUCGCCCUCGCCCUCAACAACGCCCACCAGAUCCAGGAGAACCUGUACUGGACCUUCUGUCUUGCCGACUCCGCCAAGGAGACCGACUUCUGCCUGGUGAAGAGCGACCUGCCGGCCUUCCCGAAGGGCGAGGACAGCAGCAGCGUCGUGCCCUUCUGCUCAUCGAGCUGCCGCGUGCAGCAGUCGUUCCUGAUCAACCACGCAGCAGAGAUCGCCGGCGCGGACAUCAGCAUUUUCGAGUCGACGGUGUGUCCCAACGUCGACGUCUCGUCGUUCAAGAUGAACGUGCUCAUGCUCGAGGCCUUCGGCUCCUCUGAGGAGGCGUACGAUGCGGAGGAUACCGACUCAAAGAUCCUGCCUGGUACUACCUACGAAUACACGGCCCUCUUCGGCGACAGCGGAAACUCCACCGCAGGAAACUCUACCAGUGGUAACUCCACCGUCAUCGAGAGCGAAGGCGCUGGUGCUAGGGCCGUUGUCUCGUGGGGUGCCCUGGCCGUCGCCGGUGUCGUUGCUCUCAUAAUCUAAGGCUAAGGGAGGAGGGAAAAGUACUAUUAUCUUGUAAUCUUUUUUUGUAUAUAGAGUCCUAGCAAGCUCGGGGCAGGAGUUUGGAGUGAGAGUAGAUAUGGG